UGUCCACAAGAGGUCUCAGAAAGGUUGCGACUGGUGAAGUUUCUCUACUUCCUUGAGGAAAUUGUGAGAGGUUUUGCCGGCGCUGUUUGCUUCAGCAGUUGUUCCCAGGAGAUCCAGGAAGGGUUGUAUCCUGUGCACUUUCUCUGGUUCCUGUACUGGAUUGUGAAGGAGGUCCGUGGGAUCCAUCACUUAUAUUCCUGCACACUCUUGCCUGUUGCCUCCAGCAAUAGUUAUCAUGCCUCACUCUCUAAAGGAUUCCAGGCUCACCCUUGAGGAAGAUGACCUGGACCUACCUGAUAUGGGAACUGAAGAGAUUUCCUUUUCUGAGGAGGAGGAGGAAGAUAACUCCUCUACUUCAUCAUCUUUUCACUUUUCCUUCCCCUCCACUUCCUCUCCCUCCUCUUCCUCCCUUUCGUCCCUUUCUGUGAUUACAGGUUCUGAGGAGGAAGAGGAGAAGGAGGAGGUGCCUGCUGUUAAUAUGAUGAGUGUUCUCCAGAAUCUUCCUCAGAGUCCUCCAAGUGGCUGCUCUUCCUCUGCUUCUUGGAGCAAGUUAGAUGAAGAGUCUAGGGGCCAACAAGAUGAGGAUACUGAAUCCUUAGUCCAAGAUGUGCUAGAUAAGAAGGUGGCUGAAUUAGUGAGGCUUUUCCUCCUCAAGUACCAAAACAAAGAGCUAAUCGCAAAAGAAGAAAUGCUGAAUAUUGUCAUCAAGGAGUACAAGGGCCACUUUCCUAUAAUCUUUGAGAAAGCUUGUGAGUUCACAGAGCUUAUCUUUGGCAUUGUGGUGGCAGAGCUGGGUCCUAACAAGCAUACCUAUAUAACGUAUAACACGCUAGAUCCCACCUACCGUAGAAUGCUGAGUGAUGACCUGACCCCCCCCAAGACUGGCCUACUGUUAUUUGUCCUGGGGAUGAUCUUCAUGGAGGGUGGCUACAUUCCUGAAGAGAAGAUCUGGGAAGUGCUGAGUGCAUUGGAGGUAUAUGCUCAAAAGGAGCACUGUAUCUAUGGUGAUCCCAGGAUCCUCAUCACCAAUGAUUGGGUACAAAAAAAAUACCUGGUGUACAAGCAGGUGCCCAACAGUGAUCCUAAAUGUUAUGAGUUUCAGUGGGGUACAAGAGCCCAUGCUGAGGUCAGUGAGGGAAAUAUCUUGGAGUUUUUGGCCAAGCUAAAUGGUACCACCCUUAGUUCAUUUCCAGCCUGGUGCAAGGAUGGAUUGAAAAAUAUGGGGAAGCCUAUACUGUAAUUGAUACAGCAAUUGAUGCUACAGCCAUGACUAGUACCAGCCCUGAUGUCAUGUGUAGCAACAUUUCUGGAGGUCUGAGGCCAAUUUUCCGGCAUUUAUUUGAAGAGAAUAGACAAGUUUCUAACUAGUGGUGGGCUAUGGUAUGACUUGAAGGCAGUGCAGUGUUGUUUGUGUUCCUGUUAUAUAAGACUGAAAAAAAUUUUUUUGGUGAAAAUAUUUUCCAAAUGACUUUCUUUUCAAAAGCAAAUUGAGUUCGGUUCAGUAUUUUAGUUUGUGAAUAUUAGCUACAAAGUUAGCAUUUUUCUUGUCUAACAACAAAAGUUGGAUGUUUUGUAAAAAUAAUUUAAGAAAAACUUUUUGUUUUAUUUUGUGAUCUGCAGAAGGGAAAUAUGGUAUUGCAAUAGGAAUUUUUUUCAAAAGUGUUAAAAGAUCUCAACAGCAAAAUAGAAAAAGUAAAUGGCACUUAAUGCUUGCAUUUUCCUACCCAUUUUAAUUUCUGUAAAAUUAAAAAUUUGCCUGGUUUGUUAUAGAGUGUAAGACAAAAUAAAUCAUAAAA